CAUGAAGCAACUUUCAUCUCUCAGUACAGUGGCCAAUCUGUCUUCUCAUGGAUCUGAUCUCUGCUUGCGAACGGACCAUGAGUCCUGUAGGUUUGGAUGCUGAGGUGAAAGACCUGGUCUACAUGUCCCAGAAUGCAACUGUGGUGGGAUUGCAGGGAGUGUCAAUGGCAACCAGGACCCUGGUUCUGCUUUUUUUUGUGCUGCUUGCUGCGUGGAACCACAAGGACAAGAGAUCUGUACCAGGCCCGUCUUUCUAUCUGGGUUUGGGUCCACUUCUAUCAUAUUUAAGAUUUAUCUGGACUGGCAUUGGUACAGCAUCUAACUACUACAGCACCAAGUAUGGAGACAUUGUCAGAGUCUGGAUCAAUGGAGAGGAGACGCUCAUACUCAGCAGGUCAUCAGCUGUGCACCACGUCCUGAAGAGUGGCCACUACACUUCACGUUUUGGAAGCAAGCGAGGCCUCAGCUGCAUUGGCAUGGAUGAAAGAGGGAUCAUAUUUAACAACAAUGUGCCUUUGUGGAAAAAGAUACGCACCUAUUUCACUAAAGCGCUGACAGGUCCAGGCCUGCAGCAGGCAGUAGAGGUUUGUGUCUCAUCCACUCAGAGUCACCUAGAUGAUCUGGACAGUUUGGAUGAUGUGGACGUGAUCAAUUUGCUGCGUUGCACCGUGGUGGAUAUCUCCAACAGACUCUUCCUGGAUGUUCCUGUGAAUGAAAAAGAGCUGAUGCUGAAGAUUGAGAAGUAUUUUGACACGUGGCAGACUGUGCUCAUCAAACCAGACAUUUACUUCAAGUUAGACUGGAUUCACCAGAGGCACAAGACAGCAGCCCAGGAUCUGCAAGAUGCCAUAGAGAGUCUUGUGGAGCAGAAGAGGAGAGAAGUGGAGCAGGCAGAGAAACUAGACAACAUCAACUUCACAGCUGAGCUCAUCUUUGCUCAGAGCCAUGGUGAGCUGUCUGCAGAGAAUGUAAGGCAGUGUGUGUUGGAGAUGGUGAUCGCAGCACCUGACACUCUGUCCAUCAGCCUCUUUUUCAUGCUGCUGCUCCUCAAAGAACAUCCUGAUGUGGAGCUGCAGUUGCUGCAGGAGAUGGACACUGUUGUUGGUGACGGACAGCUUCAGAACGGAAACCUUCAGAGGUUGCCAUUGUUGGAGAGCUUCAUCAACGAAUGCUUACGCUUCCACCCUGUGGUGGACUUCACCAUGCGUCGCGCCUUGUCGGAUGACAUCAUAGAGGGCUAUAGAGUACCUAAAGGAACAAACAUCAUACUGAACACCGGCCACAUGCACAGGACAGAGUUUUUCCUCAAACCCAAUGACUUCAGCCUGGAACAUUUUGAAAAAAAUGCUCCUCGUCGUUACUUCCAGCCAUUUGGCUCAGGUCCUCGUGCGUGUGUUGGAAAGCACAUCGCCAUGGUGAUGAUGAAAUCCAUCCUGGUGACGCUGCUGUCCCGGUACUCAGUCUGCCCUCACGAGGGUCUGACCCUGGACGGCCUCCCGCAGACCAACAACCUGUCCCAGCAGCCUGUGGAGCACCAUGAGGAGAACGAGCCGCUCGGCAUGAGGUUCUUACCGAGGCAGAGAGGAAGCUGGGAAACUCUGUGAGACCCUCUUCUGCAUUGUGCUCUUUAUUUGUACCUGUAAGUGUAUUAUAUCGUUACUUCAUGUUUCAUGACUGUAUAAAGCUGACUUUUAUAUUUUGUGACGUACUUCAGAAUGCUGUGUCUAUUUGAACUAUUGUGUAUUAUAUGAAAUGUAUGUAAAGACAUUGACAUUGAGACAUUAAAUUAAAACGUUGUGCCAAUA